AAAAUUGUUGAAUGAAUGUGUCUAAUCAGGUCCCUUUGAAAAAUUUAUUCGAGGGUCAAAGGUAAGAACAUUGGAUGGACCUGAAUAUGUUAGGAAAGUAUCUGAGAACUGUGUGAACUUUAUGAAAUCCAAUGGAAGUUACGGUGAAGCAGAAGAAAAAGCUAUCGAGGAAUUCAGAUAUGCAUUCAAGGAUCAACAUUUCCCACCAGGUUCAACUGUUUUCUAUAGGCAAUCACCCACUGGAACAUUGGGGCUUAGUUUCUCAAAAGAUGAGACGAUUCCAGAAAAUGAGUAUGCAGUGAUAGAGAACAAGGCACUUUCAGAGGCAGUGCUGGAGACUAUGAUUGGAGAGAUUCCUGUUUCUCCUGCUUUGAAACAGAGUUUGGCUACAAGAUUUUAUGAGUUUCUGAAAGAGGACAAUUCCAAGACUGAGUGAAAACUGAGAAAUGCAUGAGAUAUUCAAUGUUGUCUCCUCAGCCAUUGGUGGUACACUUCCUGUGUUACUCUUAAUCUAAAUAAAUGUAUU